GAAACAGUCACGAAUAUACCAGGUCAGUCGAAUAUUGCUCCCGGCUCGCCUGCCCUGUCUCCUCCGGCCUACCUCGGCGCAUCCCGAUGGCGAGGACGCGCGUCCACCUUUACCCUCCCGUCCCCUUCACACGCCCCCUCCCCGGCGCACUAACUCUCCCGCUUCCCUCUCCCGCUCACCAAGGCUCUCUCUCCCCAGGCCAUCAUGACGCCGAUCAACUUCGUCACGUUCCUGCUGUCGCUGUACCUCGUCGACAUCCAGUACCACGAGCGGCGGGUGCGCGAGCACGCCGAGCGGCCUCGGGGGGUGCUGCCGGCGUGGCUCCUGCCGGCGUGGCUGCGCCGGCUGCUCUUCCGGCCGGCCCCGAACCCGUACCGCUGGGUCGACCGCGACCGCCCCGUCUCGCCGCGGAGCGGCAGCGGCAGCGGCAAUACUGGUAGCAGAGGCGCCGGGGGAGCGGGGGCGCCGACCGGGGACCCCGACGCCGAGCGCUGGUUCUACCACACGAAGCAGCGCGAGCUCAUGCGCAUGGAGGCCGCGGACGCGUUCGAGCUCCGCCGCGCCGUGCUGCUCGCGCUGUGCGGGCUCCUGCUGUGCGCCGCGUGGGGGGUGUGGCGCCUGGUCCUCGGCUCGAGAAGCGACGUGCGGUCGUCGCCGUUCGAGAGGAGCCGGGCGAGGGGCGAGGUGAACGCAUGCUACUAACCGUAGAGUGGCAGGAGGGGGGAAUGGUUAAUGGGCCUUGUUGCGAAAUUUGGCAGACACGCCCGGUCAGGGCACGUAGGCGGCAUUGUGAUGUUUUAUGUCGGGAACGGGCAGGUGAGGAGAAGGGGGGGAGGGGGGAGUUAAGGAUGGGCUCCUUUAUAAUACGGUCCUGAGAUUCGCUCUUUUAAUGAGGCGAUGGAGUACAAUGAAAAAAUACCCACGAUUCGUUACGGGCAUCUAGGCGGCCUUGGUAUGGGCAUAUAAAGCAAGCAACGGAGAGAUACUGUGAUACGGAUCUAGAUCUUAUAGCGGAUGUCUGCUCGCCUACGUCAUGGCUAGCAA